AUGUCCUCCUUGGUCGAGAAAAAACCCCGCAUUCCAAGGUUUGAGUACGAUAUCAACACGGAGGAGGAAAUCCCAAAGCUGCGCGAAGUCAUACCGGGCUGGGGGACGUCAUCAUCUGAGGAUAGUGCACUCAUUGUUGAACCGAUCAUAGGGGGAAUUACAAAUCGCAUCUACAAACUAUCGAACCCGCGUCAAAACCCCUGCUCAGUUCUCGUGCGGAUCUUCGGAGGAGAGACCAUUUUCACACCCUCCGAGAGACAGCAAGAGAACGCCGUUUUCGAAGAGCUCGGGAAAAUCGGUGUUGCUCCCAAGUUGAUAGCGCUGUUCGGCAAUGGGCGUGUUGAAGCGUUUCUUAACUCACGAGCCAUUGUGUUGGACGAAAUGGUCGACCCUGUGGUCAUGACAGGUGUCGCUCGUGCCAUGGCGAAGUUGCAUAAGUUCGAGCCAAGCGGAGGGUUGGAGUUGAGUCGGUCUCCAGGUGUAUGGGCGGACAUAGAUAAGUGGGUACCAGAAGUACUGAAUUUGCGAGAGAAAAACUCAGCAUUUGUUGAAAAGCUAUCAGUGAACUUGGACAAAUGCGUCAAGGGGCUGCAAGAUAUUAGAAAAGCUCUGGCUGAGAGGCAAUCAUCGAGCCCGAUUGUAUUUUGUCACAACGAUUUGCUCUGCGGUAAUAUUUUAAGGUCCCUGAACCAGGGGACAGCUGUGUCGAUCGUCGAUUUUGAGUAUAGCUCCUUCAACUAUAGGGGCUUUGAUAUUGGAAACUUUUUCUGUGAGGCGAUGGGGGGAACGCAAGAUGGAUAUAUUGACGCCUCAAGGUAUCCAUCGAGUAGUGCGCGACGCUUGUUCUGCAGGAAGUAUCUGGAGGAGUUUUGUGGGUGUCAGCCGGAGGAGUAUGCUGUUUCUGAGCUCGUUGCGGAGGCAGAGGAGUACGGAAUGUUGGCGCACUUGUACUGGGGCUUUUGGGGACUCGUACAGAGCGUUACUUCUCCUGUCGACUUUCCGUAUGCGUUGUUUGCUGAUCAACGAUUUACACGCUUUUUCGAGAAAUACUCACCGUGA